GCGGGGAAAGGGAAAAGAACGAGAGGGGUUUUUGUUUUCUUUCGGGCCUUUUGGUCCCUUUCUACUUUGUUAGAGAAAAAUAAUAAAAUAAAGGCGGGGACGAACGGUGAAGGGCUUCCUUCUCCUUUAUAUCUCCAAAGAUCACAUUUUUUAAUCAUUAAUCAAUACUUGCAUCCCAUAAACCAUUGCACCAGUAUAUAGUCACACUUGAACGAACACCCUCUCCGACGAGAGAAAGCUCCCAAAUCCCUUCUCUCUCUCUCUCUGGGUUUAGGGUUUUGGAUGUUUUCUGGACAGGAAAGGGGGCAGAGGAUUCUCGCAGAAAAUUAGAAGAGGCUUAAGACACACAAGUCUUCCUAAUGGGCAGUGGGGAGGUGAAUACUCCAACCAAAACUCAGAAGCCAACUUUUACACAGGAACAACCACCUAGCAGUCCUGCUAUGGUUUAUCCUGAUUGGGCUUCAUUUCAGGCAUAUUAUAAUGCUUCUGGAACAAGUCCUAUGCCUCCUCCGGGGUUUCUCCAUUCUCAUGUGGCAUCGAGUCCACAAGGGUGCCCAUAUAUGUGGAGUCCACAGGUAUUUGCUAUUGUUACUGUUUGCCAUAAUUUUUAUAAUAUAUAAUUUAGUUUUAGGUGGAUGCUGCAAUGAUGCAUGUCUCAGCUUACAAAGGACAGGGUUUUCCUCCAAAAAGAAAGGACAGGUUUCGUUGGUACCCCAGUUCAGAUUAACUUUGUUAUUAAGUGGAAGAUUGUGCUCAAUCCCGGAAUUGGAUCAUAUCUAAUGUUUUGCUUUGGCAGCAGAUAAUUUCUCCAUAUAGGACUCCACCAUUUGUUUCUAUGUAUCCACAUGGGGGGAUCUUAUCAAUACAGCCCUUAUCCAAUGCCAUCAACAAAUGGGAUUGCAGAAGCUUCUGUUGCUGGAGCUAGCGGCACAGAAACAGAUGGUAAGUUGCAUGGAGGUAAGGAAAGGAGUCCUCUAAAGAAAUCCAGUGGAAGCUUAGGAAGUCUAAAUAUGCUUACAGGCAAGGUUAAUAAAACUGGUAAAGCAUCCAGUGGAUCUGCUAAUGGUGUCUUUUCACAAAGUGGUGAGAGUGGAAGUGAAGGUUCGAGCGAAGGAAGUGAUGCCAAUUCUCAAAAUGGUUCCCGUCUAAAGCAUGGUUCUGAACAUGGUUCGGGUGAUGAGGAAGCCCAGAAAGGCAGAACUGGUCAAACCACAUCAAAUGAAGUAACACAAACACUGUCUACGCCAAUUGUAUUGAACCCAACUGUGCCCUUUGUGACGAUCCCACCAGGUGGCCUUGUUGGUCCAACCACCACCCUGAACAUUGGGAUGGACUACUGGGGAGGGUCUGCCUCUGUUUCUGCAGUCCGAGGCAAAGUGCCUAGUGCCCCAUCUACAGCACCCUUUGUUCCAUCUAGACUUGCAGGUUCACGAGACAAAGUUCCACCUGAUCCUUCGAUACAGGAUGAAAGAGAACUGAAGAGACAAAAACGAAAACAAUCUAACAGAGAAUCUGCACGCCGCUCACGGUUACGUAAGCAGGCUGAAUGUGAAGAACUGGCCAAUCGUGUAGUGACUCAAAAAGAGGAAAAUAAUUCACUCAAAGAAGAAUUGAAGCGAAUGCGUGGGGAGUGUGAUAAAUUGACUUCAGAAAAUGCCACUCUUGCUGAGAAACUUGGAAAACAUUUGGGUGAUGAAUCAAGAUCAGAUGAACAAGUAGAUUCUGUUAAUGGAGAUGGCUGAUAGUGGAUAAUUUGAUUUAGUCCAUGAUGUUGUGUACAAGGGAGCCUCGUAGGGUCAUUGUAUUGAGGAACAUAGGUGAUUGCUGACAGGUUUCUAACAGAAGGUGCUAAUAAGUGCAUCAUCUGAUUGAUGUGGAAGGUUAGGCAGGCUUUUGGUCCAUCCACUGUAAUUCUUUUUACGUGAAUCUCAAGCUUAUUUGUAACAAAUAUGUAGUCUUGAUGGAGCUGGCCAACUUUUCAUGGCACUGGAUCUUCAUCGACGACCUUGGCAAAAAUGGAAUACGAUAAAUUAUUGGAGAUAUCUAACAUGUGGUGAUGCAUCAACAUUUUCAUGUGUCCAAUCUAGAAGAAGAUUGUAAUAUGUACAUCAGAAAGAAUUAGUUGUCUUCGCUUUGAAGCUAAUCGAUUAGGUUCUGUUGACAUGCAUUGCCUGCACAAAUAAUGCUCAUUGUUGGUUGUUA